UUUGAGCACAGAUAUGGUCAAAGGAAAGGGAGGAAAAGACAGGCCACGCUCUUCAGCAAACAAGAGGAAGAAGGCAGGGUCUCCAGAUGGAUCUGACAUCCCACUCGAAGGCCAACUUGCUUCCUUUGAGAACUACCAUCAACCACCGAUUGUUGAUGUGAUCCGCGGACCAACGGUGGAGGAACUGACCAUUACAGAUCACGAUAUGAUCGCUAGGCGGCCCGCGCCCUUAGUUGCUCCUCCAAAAGAGCUGAAAAGUGUUGAAGUAAGGAAAAAGCGUGUCGUGUCAAAUGUACCUACUAAAACAGUGUCUGUUCUGAAGAAAGUAGAAGCGAGACUACCCGAGGUGGCUGUGCAAAGUGCUGGUCCUCGGUUCAAUCCUCAAGGAGAGAUAUUACCUUACUCCAUCCUGGGUGCUGUGGAUCAGUACCAAACUGCAAAGAUAGCUGACGGAAAUGUGGAUUUCAUUGAUAAGCCAGUAUUUCAAGAGAAAUCGAAAGCUCCGAGACCUAUUUCUGUAACCCCUUCAGAAACCCUAGAGAUCUUAGAGGAAACAAGGGAGGGUAAAGCGCUUUCAAAUUGGGAACGCCAGCUGAGAGCACAUGGAAGACAAAUGGACGUUCUGGCCAGCAAAACGGGCAAAACUCCUUCUUCCCUGCUUAUGAACCGAACUAGUGAGCACAGAAUCAAGCAAGAGGAAAGGACAAUUAUUGACAGAGUAAUCCCUGUUAUGGACACUGGAAAGGGAUUCCGAGUAGGGAGUGAGUUCUGGAGUCAGCCUCAACAAAUCGGAGAGGAAGACAAUUCUAUUGUAAUGACUCUGAAUCAAAGUGAACAAGGAAAACAUCCAGAACUGGAGCGGAUUGGGAAUCCUUUCAUCAGCGAGGGUAAACAAGGACACAUGUAUCCAUGGAAACGGAGCAAGUUCUUUGAGAAGAGAAGAAAAGAACUUGACUGUGUGUUAACUGAACAAGAGCCUCCUAGACCAGAUUUUUCUGGUUUGUUUGUAAGAGGCAAACGAGAGCUCAAGUCUGCUGAAGUUUCGGAACACGAUAUUUGUAUCCCUGCAGAAGAAUCUGUGGAAAAAGUUGACACUGAAAUGCUCCAAUCACCCCCGGAGGAGGACACAAGAAAAGGGCCAAUUUUAGAAAUAAAUGGAGUGGAAUCUAGAUGGGGCUCAAAGACCCGGGAUCCCACAGUGGUUAGGAUCCUGUUCAACACAGAUGCAGGUGUUAUCUCAACUCAGCACAUCAAUUUGAAAAACACCGGCACCACUGCUAUAUUCUACGCAUGGAAGUUUUUACCAAGAGAAAACAAACUUAACACGAUCAUGGAGGGAAACAAACAGAGAUUUUACUUUAGCAUAAACGACGGUGUGAUUCUGCCCGGAGAGGAGUUGAGCAUACCCCUUAUCUUCCUGAGCAAACAAGCUGGUAUCUACACUGAGUCCUGGCAGUUCAUAACCAAACCUAUCCUCAAUGAUGGCGCUCCAAUUGUCGUCACUCUCAAGGGUAUUGCCCUCAAGAGGGACAUCUUCAAGGCAGAGAAGGCUAAGAUCGAGGAGCUGCUUGAGAAGAGGCAGACUCAGUACAACAUUAAGUUGCUGGUAGAUGAGUUGGUACGAGGGGUCCACAGUCCGCCUCCUCCACCCGCUCCUUCUCCUCCUCCACCAGACGUUUCAGAGAGAUUCGACAAGAAGAACCCGUAUCUUCAUUACCAGAGUGACUACUACAAACAAGCGGAAGAGAUGUAUGCCAGUUUAUCUAGUACGGGCGAAGAGGAAAAUUUGUAUGUAUGGGAUGAGACACUGCUAUCAUUGAGAAAGGCGAUACUCGGCUUACCGGAAGAGGAACAAGCAGAGAAGAUGGCCGAGUUUAGCGUUUUACGAGAGAAGUUUACACAACCUCGUAUCAAACCUAUCUCUGAAGAUAGUUACGAUCUGUGUUACGGCUGUUUGCGGGCAGCUAUCGACUCGUUAGAAGACGAGGAUCUAUCGUUGAGAAGUCAGAUGUCUCUACCGGAGAGAAUCCAUGUUGAGGAACCGCCUCCCCCGGAGAUAGACGCUACUUCGGAGAAAACAGCGGCUUCGGAAUCUCGUCAAGGGCAGAAUCGAGAUUCAUCAGCAUUGAUAUCUCCAGCUCCAGACAGUAAAAAGGCUAAAAAAGACGGAGACAAGAAGAAAGAUGCAAAGCCGGGUAGUAAGCGAACCCAGGCUGAGAGCAAACCUAGAGUAGUCAGCAAAGCUGGCAGCAAAAAGUCAGACCAACAGCUAAUACCUGACGAUGAAGAGGCACCAGAAAAGAAAGAGUGGGAGGAGAUAUCGGACCCUGUUCUAAAGAAGAAGUAUCAGGAGAAACUUACUAUUCUUACCCACAACAUACUAAAGGAGUACGUAGAUCACAUAGCCCUCGCUUUGGAGGAACAACUGGGCAAACCCUUCUGAGCAUACCGUCACCCGCUGGAACAUUGUCGAUAAUUUUGUUAGUUAUUUAUCAGUUAUAGUUGAACGAUGUAUAGCUAGCUCUUUAUAAAGUUAUAAUUAAGACUAAGAGUCGCCUGGUAGUUUAGUGGUUUCAUACUAUGGUUUUCACUUUGAAUACGACCUUGGACCGAUUCAGAUGUACUUAUGUACUAUUAAACAACUUCACUGCAGAUGUUCAUGUAUAAAUUUUGUAAUUAAUAAGAUGUACAUUGUAAAACAAAAGUACAAAUUGUACGUGAUGCAGGGUUGUCUCCCUAUUUUCAAUUUUGUCCACUUUUAUUCAUAAA